CCCGCCCGGCUGCUGGAUCGAUCCUCCCCUCUUCAGUAGCUGGAUCGUCAGCCCGGAUGCCGAUCAGCACCGCUAUUCUACCGCAACAGAUGUCUGAGGGCUCGCCAGCUGAGUAGAGGACUUCCCUCUCUGCCCGUGCUUUCCACCUGCAACCAUGAAUGGUGGAGCCAGUGUGUGGGCCAUUACUCCGGAGGAGAGGGCGAAACAUGACAAACAGUUUGAGACCCUCUCCCCCGUCCUCGGUUACAUCUCAGGAGAACAAGCAAGAAAAUUCUUCCUGCAGUCCGGCCUGCCUGCUUCUGUCCUGGCUGAGAUUUGGAACUUAGCCGACAUGGACAGUGAUGGGAAAAUGGACAAACUGGAGUUUUCCAUUGCUAUGAAGCUCAUCAAACUUAAACUUCAAGGACGCAACUUGCCCUCCGCUUUGCCAGUCGUCAUGAAGCAGCCUCCUGCUUCCAAUUGCGGUUCAACCAUCGCUUCCUCAGCACGAUUUGGAAUGGGUUCUAUGCCAAACUUGUCAAUUGGUCUGUCAUCCAUGUCAGCUAUGUCAGCUAUGUCAGCCAUGCCCAUCCUCACACCCAUCCCAGUUAACCCCCCCAUGCCCUCAAUGCAACCCCUGUUGCCAACGCCUGUGACUCUGCCACUUAUCGCCCCGCUUGGAAACUGUGGGCUCCACAACGGCACCCUCCUCACCCCACCACUCGUUCCUAACAACGCAGGACUUCCUCUCUCUGGCUUCUCCUCUCCUAUGGCCUUCUCCCCGUCCACUGGCAUGUCAAAGGCCAACUCUCUACUCGACCUGGGAUCGAGCAGUUCCAAUUCCUCCUCCACCACAUCUUUGGCCAGUAACUCCCCAAAGAUGGGCGCAAGUGAUUGGGCCGUUUCCCAGGCCUCAAGACUCAAGUACCGUCAGCAGUUCAACACACUAGACAAGCUCAUGACCGGCUACUUAUCAGGACCUCAGGUUAGAAAUGCACUGAUGGCAUCAAAUCUGACGCAGACUCAGUUAGCUACCAUCUGGACCUUGGCAGAUGUGGAUAAGGAUGGCCAGCUGCAGGCUGAUGAGUUCAUUCUGGCCAUGCACCUGGUGGACAUGGCUAAGACGGGCCGCCCUCUACCACUCACUCUGCCACAAGACCUAGUACCACCCUCUCUGAGAGGAGGAAUUAAAUCCAAUGAGCUUGUUAAUGGAACAGGGCCCUACAUAACUCCCUGUUUAAUAGACACAGCAGAGAUAGAACCUGCUCAAAAGAACAAGAGCAGCGUGUCCUUUGAGGACAAGCUGAAGGAGAACUUUGCAAAGGGAAGCGCAGAGCUGGAGAAACGACGUCUAGCUCUUGAGGAGCAGCAGAAAAAGGAGAAGGAGAAGAGAGAGAGGGAGGAGAGAGAGGCUCAAGAACGGAGGGAGAGGGAGGCCAGGGAGCUGGAGAACCGGAGGAGGCUGGAGGAGGAGAGGCGGCUGGAGAGGCAGAUAGAAAUGGAGCGACAAAGGGAAGAGGAGAGGCUGAGAGAGCUGGAGAGGAAGGAGGAGUGGCAGAGGAAGCUCUCACAGCUGGUUCCAGAACAACAGAGACUGUGUGAGAAGCUGCAAAACAUCAGCCUCAACAAACUCCCGUCUGUGACUUUGACCUCCCUGACCGGGACUGUGACGGAGAAGACUGUAAACUGCCGGAGGCUGAAGGACCAGCUUGACAUCCUGGAAAGGGAAACGACAGACAAACUGACGCAGAUGGAGCAGUACAAUAAGGAGCUUAAGCUAGGGGAUAUGGACGACUGUGUCCUCCGAGGCCUUCUGUCUCUGCUGGCCUGCCUCAGCCAGCUCUUCCUUCUCAUCAAGGAGCUGAGGGAGAAGCAGGUGAGGCAGCAGGCUGUUCUGGACGACCUGCACAGAGUCAAAGAGGAGAAAUUGAGGGAGCUCCAGAGACGCCGCGAGGAGGAGGAGAGAGAAAGGAGGAGGAGAGAGGAAGAAGAAGAGGCGGCCAGACAGGCAAAGCUGGAGCAAGAAAAGAGAGAGCAGGAGCGGAGGGAACAAGAGAAGAGGGAGAGAGAGGAAGAGGAGGCACGGCAGAGGAGGCUUCUGGAGGAGCAGAGGGCCAGACAGAGGGAAGAGGAAGAGAGAGAGGCACAGGCUCGCCACCGGGCAGCCCAGGAGAAAGCACAAGAAGAGGAGAGAAGAAGGAGAGAGGAGGAGGAGGCAGAGGCGGAGAAGAAGAGGAGGGAGGCCGAAGAGGAGAAGAGACAGAAAGAGGUUGAGGAGGAGAAGAGGAGGAAAGAAGAGCAGGAAAUGGGGCAGCAGUUGGCACCCAAGCUAACCACCUACAGAGCCCUGUACUCCUUUGUUGCUCGCAACGCAGAUGAGCUGAGUGUAGACGCAGACUGUCUCAUAGAGGUGGAUGAGCACACGGUCGGUGAGCCUGGCUGGUUGUGCGGAAGUUACCGCGGAAACAGGGGCUGGUUCCCCCAGAGUUACGCUGAGAAAUGUCUGACCCCUGCCUCGACUCAAAGGGGUCCCACUUCACCUGGAAAAAUGUCCUGUCUGCCACCACCACUAAACACAAGACACCCCGAUGUGGUGGAAAAAGGUGACAGCCCUCUUCCUGUCCAAUCUGAUGCUUCACAGUCCUCCGUUCCUCUGCUCGCUCGGGCCCUCUCGUCAUGGUCAGCCACUUCAGAAACCCACCUCAGCCUUUCAGGCGGUUCGGCGACAGACGUCAUCACCACACUGCUCAGCUUCUCGCAGGGAGACAUCAUCAGCGUGCUGCAGCAGAGGGAAGAUUGGUGGCUGGGGCAGAUCAACGGGAUGCAGGGAUGGUUCCCCAAAAGUUACGUCGCUUUGGAGACGGCUGGCAAUACAGAUGUGGAUGCGUUGGACACAGCUGAUUCAGUUCAACUAGAAGAAUACGUAGCCUUGUAUACAUAUGAGAGCCCAGAGGUGGGGGACUUGACGUUUGUCGAGGGGGAUGUUGUUUUGGUGUUGGAGAAAGAAGGAGAGUGGUGGCGAGGAUGCAUUGGGGACCAGACAGGGCUCUUUCCCUCCAACUAUGUCCGACCUGUAGAACUGCCAGAGGCAUCAAAACCUGGAGGUCCAACCAAGAAACCUGAGGUUGCGCAGGCAGUCACCACCACUGGGACCUCAACGAUGCAUCAGCUUCGCCUGUCUCCGGGGCAACUGAUCGUGGUCCUGGCCAAGAACUCCACCGGCUGGUGGCUCGGGGAACUGCAAGCUCGGGGGAAAAAGCGGCAGAGAGGCUGGUUUCAUUCCUCUCACGUUAAGCUCCUGGGUCCCUCCAGUAGCAAGUCUUCCCCCUCUCCUCUGCCAGUAUGCCAAGUUAUUGCAAUGUAUGACUACACGGCUGCCAAUCAGGACGAGCUGAGUUUCUCCAAGGGUCAGCUGAUCAACAUCCUCGACAAGACCAACCCCGACUGGUGGAAAGGAGAAGCCAACGGGGUAACAGGAUUGCUGCCCACCAAUUAUGUCAAGAUGACAACAGAAUCAGACCCCAGCCAGCAAUGUACAGUAGAUUCCUUAUCCAUGUCAGACCAUGGAACCACUGAUGGGUGUGCUGACCUGAUGACGCUCGACACAAUGACCCCUCAGGAGAGAAAAAGGCAGGGUUACAUUCACGAGCUCAUCCAGACCGAGGAGACCUAUGUCGAGGAUCUUGAGCUAGUGCUAGAGGUCUUCUACAAGCCCAUGUCCGAGUCAGGCCGUUUAACUGAAGCUGAGAUGGCAGUUAUCUUUGUUAACUGGAGGGAACUGAUUAUGUGCAACUCCAAAUUGCUCAAAGCCCUGCGUGUCCGUAAAAAGACAGGAGGAGAGAACAUGCCCGUUCAGCUAAUAGGAGACCUGCUGGCGUCGGAGCUCGCACACAUGCAGCCGUACAUUCGCUUCUGCUCCUGCCAGCUCAACGCCGCAGCCCUGCUGCAGAGCAAGACCCACAACCAGCCUGACUUUAAAGACUUCCUCAAAAAGAUUGCAACUAACUACCGCUGUAAAGGAAUGCCGCUGUCCAGCUUCCUCCUCAAGCCCAUGCAGAGGAUUACACGUUACCCUCUACUCAUCAAAAAUAUCUUGGAGCACACCCCAGAUGGCCACGCAGACCGAGGCCCUCUCCGAGAAGCUCUGGAGCAAGCCGAGGAGCUGUGCUCUCAGGUCAAUGAGGGGGUUCGGGAGAAGGAGAACUCAGACAGGCUCGAAUGGAUACAGAGCCACAUGCAGUGUGAGGGGCCCAUAGAGCACUUGGUCUUCAACUCGCUGACUAAUUGCCUCGGGCCUCGUAAGUUGCUCCACAGCGGUCGGCUGUACAAGACCAAAAGCAGCAGAGAGCUUUGGGCUUUCCUCUUCAGUGAUUUCCUCCUCCUCACACACAGUGCCAAACCCUUCUCCUCCUCAGGAUCUGACAAGUUAUUCAGCCCCAAAACAAGCAUACAGCUCAAGAUGUACAAAACGCCUCUCUUCCUGAACGAGGUAUUGGUGAAAAUGCCACCCGACCCGUCCAGCGACGAGCCGCUGUUCCACGUCUCGCACAUCGAUCGCGUCUACACUCUCAAAACCGAGACCCUGAACGAGAGGGCAGCGUGGGUCCAGAAAAUCAAAGCAGCAUCUGAACAUUUCAUAGAGACGGAGAAGAAAAAGAGAGAGAAGGCUUACCAAGCACGCUCUCUAAAGUCCAGCGGAAUCGGCCGGCUGCUGGUAACAGUCAUUGAAGCCCAGGAGCUCAAGGCCUGUAAGCCCAACGGUAAGAGUAAUCCUUACUGUGAGCUGACAAUGGGAGCUCAGUGCUACACAUCUCGACCAAUCAGCGACACUCUGAGCCCAAAGUGGAAUUUUAACUGCCAGUUUUUCAUCAAAGACCUCUACCAGGAUGUCCUCUGCGUCACCGUGUCCGAGAAAGAUCAGUUCUCACCAGAUGAUUUUCUCGGCCGCGUUGAAGUUCCCGUGGCAACGAUAAAGAAAGAGAUGGAGAGCAAAGGAGCAGCAACCCGUCGCCUUCUGCUGCACGAAGUCCCUACUGGAGAAGUUCACGUCAAACUAGACCUACAGCUUUACGAGCCAACCAAAUGAGGAAAAUACAUCUGAAUACUCCAUUAGGCACACACACCACUUAAUUUCCUAGUAAUGAAGGACCAUUAAAGUGCCUUUUUUAUGCUCUUGCACAUUACGCAAUAAUGGGGAUUUUACUGUCCCUGCUUGUUCCACUGACCCUGAGCUUUUCAGCGACCUCAAACGAUCCAAAACACGGAGAUGAUUGCCAAUAUUUUCUUAAUCGCCAGUCAGAAAUGGAAAGUAACAAACGGGACUCAACGUUUCACCGGAUUUUUACAUUUCAGUUUCGAUUUGUAAAUUCUUUUUUUUUUCCGGCGCACUGCUAAUUAAAGAAUAUAACAACAUAUCAGCCAGUUACACACACGUGUGGACAGUCGCACACUGUCUCACGUAUCUUUAUAUUACAACUGCUGCACACUGCUGUAUAAUGUAAUGUCAAUGGUUAGCCUUAUGGUGUAAGCUUGAGGUUUCAUGGCAAGUACGCCAUUAAAUCCCGAAAACGGCACCGGCAUGAAUAAAAUGUAUGUACAGU